UGAACUUGGUAGAUGUGAGGGUAUUGUUGUAGCAGGAACAUUUCUUAGGUUUAACUAAGAUCCAUAUUAAAUGCUCUUAUUUGUUGUAACUUGGUACAGUCAUGUCCUACUUGAAAAGGGGGUUUCAAGUUAGAUAGUAACCCAAAACUUAGCAUCAGGGAGUAACAUUUUUCAUACGCUUACAUACCUCGGGUCCAGUGGUAUAACCGUUUAUGUGUCAAUAAUUUGUUUAUAUGGCUUCAAGAUUACUUUUGCGCUUGUUAUUUUAAAAGGUGAGAAGCAUAAUGUCACUUGAAUCUGUCCCAGGUAAUACAAUAUCAUCUGUAGCCUCAGAAGCAGAUGGGACCCCUAAUGGAGACACAGUCGAUGGGCUGCAAGCUAAAACAGCACCACAUGAAGGAUGUACAUCAGAAGAGCCAGUGUCUUUAUCAAAGAAACAGAUGAAAAAAUUGUUGAGGCAAAAACAGUGGGAGGCUACACGAGAACUACGAAAACAAAAACGAAAAGAAAAGCGCAAGAGGAAAAAAUUAGAACGCCUCACUCAACCUGAGGAUGAUACAGCAGGAAGAGUGAGAAAACGGUUUUGCAGAGAUGUAGUCCGUAGUCCAGUGCGUGUUGUUAUAGACUGCAGCUUUGAGAGUUUAAUGCCAUUGCAGGACAUCAAGAAACUUCACAAACAGAUACAGAGAUGUUAUUCAGAAAAUCGCAAAGCCUUGCAUCCUGUGCAGUUAUAUUUAACAAGUCAUGGUGGUCAGUUAAGAAAAUGUAUGGACGAAGGUGACAAAGGAUGGGUCAACUGGAAGGAUAUCAAUGUGAAAUCGGAGCACUAUGCUGAACUUAUAAAGAAGGAAGAUCUUGUUUACCUAACCUCUGAUUCCCCAAAUGUGCUAAGUGAAUUAGAGGAUACCAAAGCCUAUGUCAUUGGUGGUCUGGUAGAUCACAACCACCACAAGGGAGUCACAUACAGGUUAGCUGUAGAAAAAGACAUCAACCAUGCCCAGUUACCCCUUGGAAAUUUUAUAAAAAUGAAUAGUCGAAAAAUACUAGCAGUAAAUCAUGUGUUUGAAAUACUACUUGCUUACUUGGAGAAGAAAGAUUGGAAAGAAUCAUUUUUUUCUGUCUUACCGCCACGAAAAGGAGCAGUCCCUCUUGAAGAGAACAACAAGCCUGAAGAUGAGAAAGUAAAUGUAGGGGCUGCUGAUGAAGAAAGCACAGGCAGUGACUUGGAAGCAAAAGACACUGAAAAAUAUAACUGCAGUCUGGAAGAAGUCUGAGAAAACAAAUUCUUUAAAAAUCUUAAGGACAUAAGUGUAAAUGUCAUCAGUGCAUCGAUGAAUCAAUAAGUGCUACUUUAUGCCUACACAAGGCUUGGAAAGACUUGUUGAACUGCAUGCUUUAUUCACUUUUGUUUUUGUGCCAGCUUCACGUACUCCAUUGAUAUUUUUUUCAUUAUUUUACAAGGAAGAUCUUAUUUUGUUGGUCACAAAUUGCUAGAUGAUUCAAAACACAAAACCCCAAUUUUUUUCUAUUUAUUGUAGUACCUUUAAUUCCUAAUGAAUUAUCUGGCCAGAUCUGGAUAUGACAUUCCAUUUAAACUUCCUUGCCAAACAGGACCUUUUCAUUUUGAAAAUGCUUUUUUUAAAAGGAGACUAUUUAUGACAGAUUCUCUGUGAUUGCAUUGGUAAAAUGUUUUAUGCCUAAAAUGGAACAUCUGGAACUGUUCUCUUUUUUUUCCUUUUCUUCUUUCUGAAAGAAAAUCAGUAGCAUAUUUAAGUCUUUAUGGCUUGAUUUGACACUGUACUGGUAGUAAUGCAGCAUGGACAUUAAAUGCAUUCUUUGUUGUA